AUGACUACCAUAUUGAAUGCCGAUACAGACGCUCUGUCGUUCGGAAAGCUGGCAAAAGAUCUCCGGAAAGACAGCCGAUCUGUGAAAAAUCGGGUCCAGUCGAUUUUCCACGACUCGAAGCAUGUCAAACGAGUGUCUGAGUCGUUCAGCCUUCCUCUGGUGGCCAAUGAACGGUGUGGAAGAUGGUACAUUGCCCCUGAUGACAUUGCGGAGAGUGUCUACUUCAAGUCGACCGACGGACAUACCAAUGUGCAUAGCUUCUCUACUCGACGACUCAAUCUGCAUCUUCUGGACUUUGUCAGAACCCAUGGAGGAGCUGUAAUUGUGGAUUCGACUCGAAGAGGCAAGCCCAUUCCCGAUGCUCUAUCCAAGACUAUUCCCCAAUGGUGCAGAGUGAUCAAUCUGGCUGUGUUUGGCUCUGAUGCCCCUCCUCUGACCACCAGUCCGAUCAUAGUGGGCAAAUCUGAACAUUAUGAGAUUGAAAAGAAGGUAGAUGGCUGGGUGGAUCAGUUUCGUAAGACCGGAGUUGACAUUGAGAAGCUGAAACAGACUCUGGAUAAGCCUGUGAAACCAAUCUGGGUCACUCCAAAGGAUAUGUUACAUUCUGAGCCACCCGUCUACACAGAUUUCUACCCUCUGGUGCUAUGUACGGCCUCGGAGAUGGUCCAGGAUGGAACAGAUAGAAGGAACGGAUACAUUUACGUCCAAGGAGCAGCUGAUGAUCACGAGGAAUGGGCUGAAAAGCUCACGCCAACACUAUUAUGGACUCAUAAAGAGGUUCUAGGAGACAUGAGCAAGACUGAUACCGAACUUCUGGAAUAUGUCAACUCACUGGAGGAUUUCAAAGACAAGGGGGAUACUGCGGUGACUAUCGAACCAACAGGAUUAUCUUUUGGAGCGUCUGAAACACCGGAGUCGUAUAAUGCAGUCAUCUCAGUUGCCAAAACAGUUCCAAAACACAACAAGGUGCUUCACAAGCCAUUGGGCGAAGGAAAGAAGGGCGCUAAGGAGCUGCGAACAGCGCUAGAACCCAUCUCCAAAUUUUACAAGGACUUCGUGGGUCAAAAAGUGUUUGUAAUGGCAGACUCAGAUGACCUAUCUGUCUGUAUCAUCCUCACAUUGUUCUGUCUGUACUUCAACGAGGACGGGUCUAUCAAGGAGGGAAAGGGAAACAUGUCCAAGGAGGUGAUAAGGAGACGAUUGGUGUACAUGAUUCAACAGUGCAAGACCAUCAAUCCAUCUCGAGCUACUCUGAACGCUGUCAAUUCGUUUCUGAUGGGUUAA